AUGGAUUGUGACCGUGAGGAUGAAUAUGGUGGCCUGUCACCAAAAGGAUCAAAGUCCAGUUUUCAUGAAGAUGACCCACAAAUGUAUUGCGCUCUUAAUACAUCAACUUUGCAACAAAUUGCUGUGCAUAUCAAAGAAGUCCCAGCAGAUCUGCAAAAGCCAUUCCAGGAUGAUCUGAACCCUCCUGACAGUGAUGCUCUUCCUGUCUGCACUCAGCUACCUGCAAAACACCUCAAGGAUUCACAUUCCACUGCUUAUAAUGCCAGAUCAACACACCGUCAUCGCAAAAUCAGCCGGUCCUCCUCAUCCAUAUCAAAAAGUCGGCAAAGCCUGAAUGCCCCUGCUGAAGACCUUUGUGCAACCCUUCUGUUGGCCUGUUUGUUCUGCAAGUUUUGGGAUUGCGCGCUGGCUGUCGGAGACGGAUGUCAGUUCUGUAUGGCCUCUUUUUGUUCAUCUCUCUGCUCUAAAGCAUGCUGUUGUGACCCUUCCUCUUUGGAGGACUUGAUAGAAUUUUGCCCAUGUUGCAGCUGCACUGAUUAUGUGGAGGCAUGCGGUUGUAGUUGUGGAAAUGGUACAUUUGACUGCUCCAUUUGCGAUCUCUGUCUACAGACCACUGAGUGUCUGGAACUCGGCAUGGAGCUCUCUCAGCUAAUGUUUCACUAA